AUGAGUUACAAAUGGAGAUUGGCAAGGAAUGAUUUAAUUAAAAAUUAAAUCGAACUAUUUCUUUUCUUAACCAAAACUUCUUUUGAGAUUGCUCCAAUAAUAGUAAAGAAAAUAAAAGGCAUAAUAAGUUCUAUAAUAAAAUAAGCCCUGAUAUUGAGCUACUUGAAUCAUUAUUUAAGGUAACCUGCCUACUUUACAAAAUGCAAGAUAUUUCAAAAAAGCCAAAAUAAUAUAAAGUUUUUUAUCAAAUCGAUAUGUUGUUAUGGGAGGUAAUAAAUUAUUAUAAAAAAAAAAAAUAUAAAAGUCUAUAAGAGAUAAUUUUACAAUUGA